AAAUGGCAGCGGCCAGUGAGAAGACCGACGGUCUUGAGCACGAAGAGGAAACAAGUAAAUCUUCCACAUUUAAAGAGCUGGGUGUGUGUGAUGUGCUUUGUGAAGCCUGUGAACAGCUGAAAUGGAAGGAACCAUCGAAAAUUCAGAAGGAGGCUAUUCCAGUUGCACUUACAGGCAAGGAUAUCAUUGGCCUGGCAGAAACUGGUUCAGGAAAAACUGGUGCUUUUGCAUUGCCAAUUUUGCAGAAAUUAUUGGAGAAUCCUCAGAGGUUAUUUGGACUCAUACUCACGCCUACAAGAGAAUUGGCAUUUCAAAUCUCAGAGCAGUUUGAAGCACUGGGGUCGUCAAUAGGUGUCAAGUGUGCUGUGAUAGUUGGUGGCAUUGACAACAUGUCACAGGCCCUGAUGCUGGCUAAAAAACCUCACAUCAUCAUAGCUACUCCAGGAAGACUGGUGGACCAUUUAGAAAAUACGAAAGGGUUCAAUUUGAGAGCUUUGAAAUUUUUGGUUAUGGAUGAAGCUGAUAGAAUAUUGAAUAUGGAUUUUGAACAGGAGGUUGAUAAAAUUCUGAAAGUAAUUCCUAGAGAAAGAACAACCUAUCUGUACUCAGCCACAAUGACUAAGAAGGUGCAAAAACUUCAGAGAGCAUCUUUGCAAAAUCCAGUGAAAGUGGAAGUAUCUAGUAAAUAUCAAACAGUGGAAAAAUUACAACAAUUUUACAUUUUUAUUCCUGUCAAAGUCAAGGAUGUGUACUUGGUUUACAUUCUGAAUGAGAUGGCUGGAAAUUCAUUCAUGGUUUUCUGCAGUACAUGUGCUAACACACAACGAGUUGCUCUGAUGUUAAGGAACCUGGGACUCAAUGCAAUCCCACUCCAUGGUCAGAUGACACAGUCCAAAAGGCUUGGUGCCUUAAACAAGUUCAAGUCAAAAAGUAGAUCCAUUCUAAUAGCAACAGAUGUAGCAAGCAGGGGGCUAGACAUACCACAUGUUGAUGUAGUCCUGAACUUUGAUAUUCCCACACACUCAAAAGACUACAUACACAGAGUUGGGAGAACUGCCAGAGCAGGUCGAGCAGGCAAGGCUAUCACAUUUGUGACACAGUACGAUGUCGAACUCUACCAAAGGAUAGAACACUUGAUUGGCAAGCAGCUGGACCUCUACAAGACUGAGGAGGAGGAAGUUAUGGUGCUGAUGGAGAGAGUCAGUGAGGCUCAAAGACAUGCUAAAAUGGAAAUGUCUGAAAUGGAAAAUAAGAAAAAGCGUGGCAAAACAAUGGACAAUGAUGAUUCUGAAGAAGCAACAGGAGUCAGAAAGAAAAUGAAAACAAAAAGAAAACACUGAUUUUGAUGAUGCAAAUUUUAAAUAGGAAAAAUAAGUGAAAUUUGAAAAUAUGCAAAAACAUGUUUUUAGUAUCACAGACUGCUUCAUUUUUUUUCUUAGUUUGGAAAAAGGGAUCACCAUUCUGUCAACAAUUUGUGGAUAUGUUGCAGGACAGAUAUUUACACAGCUGAAUGUGCUAGAAUUCAGUAUGCUCUGACAAAUUGUUAAAAUACCAAACAAGGCAUAUAUGACAUUUAUUUGUAAAUAUGUUGCACCCAUUUACGUAGAGGUUUUAUAGCGUCUGAAACUGUAUUAAUUAUCUAUAUGUGCAGGAGGGGUGGGACUAAUGAGGUGAGGAAAUUAGUUUAAUUCAAUUUAAUUAAGCUAGUCUUUAUCCAUCAGUUAACAAUGGAAAUUUAUUCAAAGUUUACUGAAUAAAUUGAAAUAUUCCUUGCUAUUUUGCCAUUUAGUUACUUUUAUUCUUAUGGAAUUAUUACUUUUGUUUUAUCAAAAGAUACUGGAAUAAGAGGGUGAUAUGUUUUUCAAGAGGUUUAUUUAGAAACCCUCCAGUAUAAUGCUGUUUUUGUGUACAAUAUUGUGAUGCCUGCCAAAGCUGAGGUGAAUAAAUGAACAUUAUUUUGCACUUGACACCAUCCGUGUCCUCCACAUCGAUGUCCUCCUAAUAAAAAGGAAAGUCUCAAUGGGUUGAAUUAUUAUGAGUGUAACUGAAACGGACAAAGUGCAAGAUCUCAAACAUGUUUUUUCACUACAUAAAUGAAUUAUUGUUGUAUACAUCUAAGUACUAGCCACUGCAUGUAAUACUUAUGACCUUUUUAACAGCAAAAUACCUUGAUUUCACAACAUUCUCAUUUGAUUGUACAAAAAGGCAUUUUUUUUCAGAAGUGACAGUGAUUGUCUACACCCCAGACUACAUUUUU